AUGGUCUUGAAGGGAAUCUCACCAGUCAUCUCGCCCGACCUCCUCAAGGUCCUGGCCGAGAUGGGUCACGGAGACGAGAUUCUGCUCGCCGACGCCCACUUCCCCUCUCACUCCAUCUGCCCGCCUCACAUCCCCGUCCUGAGAGCUGACGGCAUUACCGUGUCGAGGCUGCUGGCGGGCAUCUCGCCGCUCCUCGAGCUGGACAACUACGGCGUCGUGCCUGUCCUCAUGAUGGAGGUCGUCAAGGGCGACACGGCCGACGCGAGUGUGGAGGGCGACUUCAGGAAGGCGCUCAAGUACGACGGCCAGAUUGAGAUGCUGGAGCGGUUUGCGUUCUAUGAGAGGUCGAAGAAGGCGUUUGCCAUUGUGGCGACGGGCGAGACCAGGAAGUACGGUAACAUUAUUUUGAAGAAGGGCGUCACUCCUGUUUUUGAAGAAAAAUAA